AUGUGCGUAACAUCAAGAGGCUUUUAUCUCGGUAAUGGCACUUCCAAAUACUCCGAUGACGAAAUACCCGCACCGUCCUCAAAAUUCGGAUUCCUGGAGAGGUCCAGCGUCUUAUCCAGUAUAUUGAAGGCACGAGGCUGGUUCGGUAUUCUAUUCGUUACAGUUGUUAUCAAACCCUUUGGAUGGCUCUUCCCAGGAUCAUUUUCCGAUGACUCACGCAUCGCCCUUCCGCUUUUAAUAACAUUCUCUGCUUGCAAAGGUUCGAUGCGUCAUCGUAUCGAAGCCCAUAUGGGGAAUCACCAGCCAUCAUGGGAUAAUUGGCGAGAGAUGUGCUCUACUACCCCCACGGACUAUGAUGGGCAUCAUUUCGAUCAGCUGAAUAGGUGUUACCACAGGGGUAUUUUCGGUGACAUCACCUACCAUCUCUCUUUGUAUACCUUACGGUACAGUCUCUUCAAGGAAAUUCGCGAAUUCCGGCUAUCUUUCGUGAUGACAUCGGUGCUCUGUCUCCGAGACCCUUGGUACCUAAUGAAUGCGACUCCUGGAUACAACAGGUUGAACUGCCUUGUUCCCGUGAUUUUGAACGUCGACGAGGCCAAAAGCGGGAAUUCGAGCGCUAGUCGGGAAGCACCGCUAUUACUCAUACCUCGAGUAAUCGAUUCCUUCGAUGGACUGGCGGAUCUUUUGAGAUCAAGCCAACGAGAAAACAUCGACCUUGCACGAUUCUUCACGCAAAGAGGCCAUGACGACACCGAGGGCUCGAACGAUUCCAGUCUUGAGGAUAAUAUGUUGCCACCUGUAUAG